AUGUGCAAAGUCACUCUAACUGCAGGUCUCUUUUUGAUCAUCACCAGCUUGGCCUCUUCCUCCAGGCUGGUGUGUUACUAUAACAGCGAGGCUGAAAAUAGAGCGGACUACGGGAAGUUCACAAUUUCAGAUAUUGAUCCGAACAAGUGUACCCAUCUGAUCUAUGCUUUUGCCGACAUCGACAACCAAAAUGAACUGGUCCCAAGCAGUGCGACUGACAUACAACGCUAUCAGUCCUUUAAUGGACUCAAAACCAGAAAUCCAGCGCUCAAAACCCUGUUGGCAGUUGGUGGCUUGACCUUUGACACACAAAAAUUUACUGCAAUGGUGGCCACAACACAAAACAGAGAAACGUUCAUCCAGUCUGCUAUUAAACUACUGAGAGAAAGUGGGUUUGAUGGCCUAAACCUUGACUGGAGGAACCCUGGAGAAGCUGGAAGCCCAUCACAGGACAAGCAGAGUUUCACAAUGCUUUGCAAGGAGCUCAAGGAAGCAUUUGUGUCUGAAGGGAAAGCAGCCAACCGUGACAGCUUAAUCGUCGCUGCUAGUGUCUCUGCUGAGAAAGCAACCAUCGAUGCCAGUUAUCAAGUCCCACAGAUUGCCAUGCACCUGGAUUUCAUUAAUGUGUUGACAUUUGAUUUUCACGGCCCCUGGGAAAGUGUCACAGGACAUCACAGCCCCUUAUACAACGGAUCCCACGACACAGGAAACAAAACUUACUCUAACACUGACUAUGCUAUGCGGUAUUGGCGAGACCAGGGAGCACCAGCACAAAAGCUAAACUUGGGGUUAGCGGCAUACGGGAGAGCUUUUGACCUCUCCACUGCCUCCAGUGAUGUUGGAGCACCAGCGAAUGGUCCUGGUGAAGAAGGAUGUUACACUGGGGAAGAGGGAUUCUGGGCUGCUUAUGAGACUUGCCUUUAUCUUGAUGGAGUUACAACCGAGCUGAUACCUGAUCAGAAAGUUCCAUAUGCCACCACAGAAAAUCAGUGGGUUGGAUUUGACAAUGAAGACAGCCUCGAUAUUAAGGUCAGUUACCUAAAGAUGAACAACUUUGGAGGAGCAUUUCUUUGGUCUCUCGACCUGGAUGAUAUGAAUGGAGAGUUCUGCAGAAUGGGCAGCAAUCCCCUCAUCAGCCAUCUGUAUAAUCUCCUGGUUCCAGACCACCCCACAUACACCCACAACAAUGCCGAAGACCUCAACAACUCUCCCUACUAUGAACAAAACAAUGCAGACAACCACAAGAAAUGUCCCUACAAUCAUAAGAAAUGUCCCUACAACCACAACUCUCCCUACCACAACCACAACAAUGCCAACGACACCAACAACUGUCGAUACAACUACAACAAUGACAUUGCCUACGACCACAAUUCUACCUACCACACCAAUGCCGACCACCACUACUCUACCUACCACAACCACAACAAUGCCUACGAGUACAAAUCCCUCUGCCACAACCACAUCAAUGCCUACGACCACAAUUCUACCUACCACGACCACAACAAUGCCUAUGACCACAACUCCAUCUACUACAACCACAUCAAUAGCAUUGCCUACGAGCACAAUUCUACCUACCACAACAAUGCCGACCACCACAACUCUACCUACCACAACCACAGCAUUGCCUACGACCACAAUUCUACCUGCCACAACCACAACAAUGCCUACGACCACAACUCUACCUUCAACAACCACAGCAUUGCCUACGACCACAAUUCUACCUACCACAACCACAACAAUGCCGACCACCACAACUCUACAUACCACAACCACAACAAUGCCUACGACCACAACUCCAACUACCACAACCAAAUCAAUGCCUACGACCACAACUCUACCUACCACAACCACAAUAAUAGCAUUGCCUACGAGCACAAUUCUACCUACCACAACAAUGCCGACCACCACAACUCUACCUACCACAACCACAGCAUUGCCUACGACCACAAUUCUACCUGCCACAACCACAACAAUGCCUACGACCACAAUUCUACCUUCAACAACCACAGCAUUGCCUACGACCACAAUUCUACCUACCACAACCACAACAAUGCCGACCACCACAACUCUACAUACCACAACCACAACAAUGCCUACGACCACAACUCCAACUACCACAACCAAAUCAAUGCCUACGACCACAACUCUACCUACCACAACCACAAUAAUGUCGAGAAGGAUGAGGAUGCUGAGGUGUCCAGAGUCAGAGGCGAGAAGGAGAUCGUUGGUGAUUUUGAGAAGGGCUGUUUCUGUGCUGUGUUGUGA